AUGUGGCUCUUUCGAGUCUGUUCGUCGGCCUUCUUCCUCGCCGUCACCGUCGCAUCCAUCCCACUAGCCUUCGAUGUCGGCGGGAAGACUUGCGGCCUGGCCUUUUCGCUAUCUCUGGCGACCUUCUACUUUCUGUUCUCGCUGUUGAAGGUCACCACCCCUGAGCGCUCCUGGUUCCGUUCCUCGGUGAUUGUCGUGGUUCGUUCCACGCAAUGGAUUCUUAUCCCGAUCCUUCUCAUCUGGGCGCUGAAUCGAUUCUCGGUGGAUGCGGACAACAACGGUGGCUGGGUGGAGCGCACAUUUAAUGGGAAGAAAGCGCAAGAUGGCUCGAUUCAGGAAUGGCUCUUUGGUCGCGACGGCCUAGUUGAAACGGUGACUCUGGGCAACUGGGACAAAUUGCUGCGAUGGUCGACCCCUGUCUUUCAGCUGGCGGAAGGGUUCUGCAGCUUACUGGUGAUUCAAGCGGCCGGGCAAAUCACCCGGUGGCUCGUGAAUCGAGGCGGGCGAAGUGAUAGCUGGAUGAUCGGUCUCUUGGUUUUGUCGGCCACGAUCAUUUCGAGCUCGGUCUAUUUCCUCUGGCGGGUCCUACAGUUCCCCGAAAUCUCCAACGUCGAUGCCGCUCUAAUCGGUGUCUCCAUUACAUGCGCUGUGAUCCUAUGCGCGUGGGGCAUUGGCAGUGGGCGCGGAAAUCCGGUGGAGAGCUCACUGCUUUUCGCCUACAUUGUCCUCUGCAUUUACCAGAUCUUCACGGACUAUCAGCCAUCGCACCCUGUUGAGCAGAUCCCCUCGCCCUCGCAGGCAGGAGAUUUUCCGCCGCUUCCGCCGAUAAUCAUGGCAUCGUACACUACUCUCAUGCAUGCGCUGUCUCUGCUUCCAUCGAUUAUCCACGCCGCCUUCAACGUGAUCACUGCCGUCUUCAGUGCCGUCACACCGUCGGUCCUUAUCUCACUCGCAUAUCGCCUCCUCGUAUUGUAUGCGUCGACACGCAUCAUCCCUGCGGUUCGCGAGUCGGGGGCUCGCGCACUCUCGCAGGAAGCCUCCAUGGAUGAUUCGGAUGCAGCCGGUCAGGUCCUGGGUUUCUUGAGUUACUUCGCUCCCACUAUCCUCAUUGCGGUGUAUACCAGUCUCUUGAUGCAACAUUUCGCGUCGACAUCGCAAGCAAUGGGCGGUAGCGGCGAGUGGUGGAGCAGUCAAGGCGGCGGCGGAGGUAAUCUCUGGAGGUGGAUCAACCUGGCUUGCACCAUGGCGCUUUAUGCGGUCGAAUUAUGGCUGGGAGAGCACAAUGAUCUUGACAACGGAUUGGCAGGCCACUGGAAAACUGACUGA